UUCCGCUUCCGGGUGAGAGGUGGUCGCCAUGGCGGUGCUGGCUUCCAACCCUAACAACCCCGUGGUGUUCUUCGAUGUCACGAUAGGAGGCCAGGAGGUCGGCCGCAUGAAGGUGGAGCUCUUCGCCGACGUGGUGCCCAAGACGGCGGAGAACUUCAGGCAGUUUUGUACAGGUGAAUUCAGGAAAGACGGCGUUCCUAUCGGUUACAAAGGCAGCACUUUUCACAGGGUUAUAAAAGAUUUCAUGAUCCAAGGAGGCGAUUUUGUAAAUGGAGACGGUACCGGAGUGGCGAGCAUCUACCGUGGGCCCUUCGCAGAUGAAAACUUCAAACUGAAGCACUCGGCUCCUGGUUUGCUGUCCAUGGCAAACAGCGGCCCCAGCACCAACGGAUGCCAGUUUUUCAUCACGUGCUCCAAGUGCGACUGGCUGGAUGGCAAGCACGUCGUGUUUGGUAAAAUAAUUGAUGGACUGCUGGUCAUGAGAAAAAUUGAAAACGUGCCCACCGGCCCAAAUAACAAGCCUAAGCUGCCAGUGGUUAUUGCCCAGUGCGGCGAGAUGUGAGGAGGAGGAGGAGGCGGAGGAGGACCUCUCAGAAUGCGUCCUAGAAAACUUCGCUUUCAUCUCGUACCGAAUGUAACCCUUAAGCACUUUGCUAGCCCUGAAAUUGAGUGUAUGCCAGCCUUCCGCAACCGGCUGCCUUCCGCAUGGGUUGGACUGCAACUGCCAUCAUUCCCAGGCAGCAUCGCCAAUGGAGUCGCUACAUGCAAGGUUUUCUGUGGUUGAGCACGGGGCUUCAGUCCCCCUCACAACUCCUUGGGCCACCUUAUGCCUAGCUGAACAUAUUGUAGAAAAGAAAUAAUGCAGAAAAUACUAUCCAGAAUCAUGCUCCCUUGCAGCUGGGGUUCACACAACACGCUAACCUACAUGCAGUGGUUGAAUUUGAGUUGUUGUUGAACUGCAGGUUGUUAUUGUUCUGUGGGUUAUCACGUUGUCUGAACCCAGCGUUUUUUACAGGGUGCCUUGUCAACCCUGCAGCGUGGCAUAUUUUUCUUGAAGAAGCCACCUUGAGAACCCAUAGUUUGUUGUCAGGUGGUUCAGAAGCCAUGCUACAGGGUUAAGACGACUCCCUGCGGAAAACGCGCUGCGUUCGGACAACACAAUAGCCCACGGUUCACCAACACGGGUUAAUGUGUUGUGUGAAUCCAGCCGCAGACUUUAUAGCAUUCAUUGUUGCAGUGUGGGUUGGCACAAGGCGAGUACACACAUGGCCCUGAGGUUGUGGCACACACUGAGUCCCUGCUUCACUGUAGAGGCGGGUGAAAGUGCCCAGGGCUGAGCUCUGGAGGGAUUGCCAGGGUAAGAGAAUCCAGCCACGAGGCCUCUUUUAUUGGCGGGGCAGAAUGUAUUCUGUACAGCGGUGUUGCUACGACUGACCCUUGCCUCUUCCCAAUUCCAGGUUCACCUCCCUUCAUCUCGGAUCGCCACCAUUUUCCUGUCGCUCCUCUGGUGCCUCAUCCCUUCCACAUUCCACCCUGUUCUUUUCCUCCUUGUAAAUAAAGGGCUUUGUUUAAA